UUAGCAGCGGUUUGUUCAACUAAAAGAACAGCAGUAAAAAAAACAUCGAAAGUACAUCCAAACCCCUUGCUUCACUUUUGUCUCUGAUAUUUCCUUCUUCUUCCUCCUAUAUGCAUAAACCCUAAAUCCCUCACAUAAUAAUAAUGUACUCUAUUAUAGCCCGAUCACGAUUUCGAAUUCCUUCGUCAGUUUCGAGAACUAAUCGAAAUCGAUUAUCAUCGACCGCCGCUCUCCUCCAAGACCAGCCACCACCUCCUCCACAACCGUCGGCCACCGAGAACAAGUCAUGGAAUAUUCUAAAGUACAGUCUUGUUGCUGCCCUCACUGGUGGUGUUGCCACUGCCGGUUACGCUACUUACGCAUAUUCGUUGGAUGAAGUUGAGGAGAAGACCAAGGCUUUGCGUGCAUCUGCAAACUAUACUGCUGGUGAUAAUGCGGCUGGUUUUGAUAAAUUUCAAGCUUUGCUAUACUCCUCUGCAAUGACAGUGCCUGCCAAGUUAGUUGAGCUUUACAUAGAUCUCAGGCGCAUGACUGAAGAACAAGUUCGAGGUUUUAGUGAACCAACAUCAGACAAGCUCCUGCCAGAUUUGCAUCCAUUGGAGCAGCAUGUCUUUACGCUCGUUCUUGAUGUGAGUGAGACAUUGGUCUACUCUGACUGGAAGCGUGAGAGAGGCUGGAGAACAUUUAAAAGACCCGGGGUUGAGGAUUUUCUGGAACACUUGGCUCAAUUUUUUGAGAUCAUUGUAUACUCUGACCAACAGAAUAUGUAUGUUGAUCCCAUUAUUGAUAGGUUGGACCCAAAGCAGUGUAUUCGGUAUAGGCUAUCAAGGGGUGCAACUAAAUAUGUGGGUGGCAAGCAUUACAGAGACCUCUCCAUGCUGAAUAGGGAUCCAUCAAGGAUUAUAUAUAUUAGUGGUAAUGCAUUAGAGAGUAGCCUUCAGAAAGAGAAUUGCAUAGAAAUAAAACCAUGGAAGGGAGAUGUUGAAGAUACCUCACUUUUGGAUCUUAUCCCAUUUCUUGAAUACGUUGGGAAGCAUAGACCAGGUGAUAUCCGAACUGUAUUAGCUUCAUACCAAGGACGUGAUAUUCCGAAGGAGUUUAUUGAACGAACCAAAGAGUACCAGAGGCGAAUGCAAGAGCAAAAACAGCAUGGUCGUUUUUGGCGUCGCUAGUGAUGAGUGUGGAUUAUUGGAAAUUUGAGUUAAAAAAGGCGUCCCUCGGCUUCGGAAGAUAAAAGCAAUUGACAUAGAACAUUAAACUGUGAUCAAUUAUUUGUAUAACAAAAGAAUUCAAUUUGAGAAUGUUACUCCUAACAACAUGCUUGUAUUCUUUUUGCCCAAGCAAUGACACUUGUGUCAUUAGCUCCUCUGUAAUAAUGGAUUAUGUAAAAGAUUUGCCAAUUUUGCAUUUUGCUUGGUAACGGGAAAGGAAGAGUAGUUAACUGGUUUUUA